AUGGACACUGAUCCCUCGCUGAUUCUACUAAACCAGCCGAUUGUGAUUGACAAUGGUUCAGGGACCAUCAAGGCUGGUUUCGCUGGUGAAGAAAGACCCAAAAGUUUCGCCCCAGCAAUUAUUGGGCGACCAAAAUAUUCUAAAGUGAUGGCAGGGGCUGUCGAAGGCGAUAACUUUAUCGGAAAUAGCGCUCAAGAAAAUCGCGGAUUUCUUAAACUUAAAUAUCCAAUUGAGCAUGGUAUAAUAAAUAACUGGGAUGAUAUGACGAUGAUAUGGCAGUCGAUAUUUACAAAUGACCUUCGAACAUCCAGCGAAGAGCAUCCCAUUUUGCUUACGGAAGCGCCGUUAAAUCCAAAAGUAAAUAGGGAGAAAUGUGCCCAGAUCUUCUUUGAAACGUUCAAUUCCCCAGCCCUUUAUUUCUCUAUUCAAGCAAUUUUGGCGCUUUAUGCUUCUGGUAAAACCACUGGCGUAGUUAUUGAUUCGGGGGAUGGUGUUUCGCAUGUCGUACCAGUAUAUCAAGGGUUUUCCAUGUCCAGUGCUAUCAAGAGGAUUGAUAUUGCCGGCAGAGAUAUUACCGAACAGUUGCAACUAUUGCUUAGAAAAUCCGGAUACAUGUUUCAAACUUCAGCAGAAAAGGAAAUUGUUCGGACGAUAAAGGAGAAAAUGUGCUUCAUAUCUAAAGAUCCAAAAAGAGAUGAGCAUGACUGGUCGGCAUUUGCUUCGAUUGGUCAUUCGACAACAGCAGAGACAGAUUUACCAAGAAUCAAUUCGUUUCAGCUACCGGAUGGUAAAAUCAUUAAAUUGGGUCCUGAGUGCUUUAGAGCUCCAGAGAUCUUGUUUAGGCCAGAAAUCAUAGGAUCUGAAUUUAUCGGUGUUCACGAUAUGAUCUUGGAGUCAAUUAAUAAGAUAGACUUGGAUUUGAGGGACUCGCUAUACAAGAAUAUUGUGUUAAGUGGGGGCACGACAUUAACAAAAGGGUUUGGCGAUAGAUUAUUGUUAGAAUUAAAAAAUAACUCUGCCAAAGGCACGAAAAUUAAGAUAUAUGCUCCUCCAGAAAGGAAAUACAGUACCUGGAUUGGGGGAUCAAUCUUGGCUGGGCUAAGCACUUUCAAAAGAAUGUGGUUUACUUAUAGUGAGUACCAAGAGAAUCCAGAUAUAGUUCACACAAAAUGCUUAUGA